GUCGAAACUUUGAUUUAGCAUACACAUAUCCAAUCAUGUAGGAUUUGAAUCCAACAUUUAUCGAUUGAAUUUCCUCUUGUAUGACAUUAUUUCACUAGAUCUCGUAUCGUCGACUCGCUAGACAGAUCAAAUUCUUAGCCUUUCUAUUCCAAAUUCCUGGAAUUAGGCCUAAAUCCAAGAGGGACAUCUGCCCAAAAAUGCCCACCUCCUCUCCCGCGGUAGACAGUGCGCAUGCCCAGGAUCUCAUGAGCGAUAUUGUUGUGCUGUGUUGGAUAGCAACCGUUUCACAGUAUUUCAGUAAACUAGUACUUUAUUGUGUCGUUUAAGAAUAUCAGUUAACAUGGCAGAUCCAAGAAUACGACAGAUUAAAAUCAAGACUGGCGUUGUUAAGCGGCUGGUGAAGGAGAAGGUCAUGUACGUCAAGGAGACCAGGCAGCAGGAGGAGAAGAUUGAACGACUGAAAGCAGAGGCCUGCGACGAAGAGGCCGACUCAGAGGCCAAGUAUGUCAUCAAGAAACAGGAAACGGAAGAGGACUUGGCUGAAGCAGAGGAGUACAAAGAGGCCAGGACCGUAUUGGAUUCAGUGAAGCUUGAAGGAUGAUGCUCUCACUCUCUAAUGCGUCACUUAGAUGUCCAUUCCGUUCGUCUGGUUUGGAAUCAGAGACAAACAGAAUCGUCCAGCACUUUUUUUUCUCCCUCUUUUUUUGAAACUUAAAAAACUUUUCUUUUUUUGAAACUUAUUUCUACAGUUUGAGAACAACGUGUCGUCUGAUCUUGACAUCCGUCUCUGGAAUGCACACUCUCUCACGCAUCAAAUGAACACUUCUUUCUGCUCUUAGCACGGUGGAUUUGCUUGGCUUCUACCAUACAGCUGCAAAUGAAGCCUAAUUUUGUUGUUUAUCUCGUAUUCAAGCUAUUGUACUUUAGCGUCUUGCAUCAAGUGAUUUAGAAGUGUUCCUCAAUUUGUUGAUUUGAGCAUAGAUUGUUCUUUAUGAUAACUGAUACAAUAUUUAGUAUGUAUGUAUUCUCUCAUAACAAGCAAGGUGUCACCAGUGAACAUAAUUAUAGAACCAAAGAACCUAACUAGAGGAGAGCUAGCUAAACCGUUAUUACAUAACAUCCAUCCUAUUGUCUGUGUGGGGUUGGAUGGAGAGAGAAAUGUAGCACUGUUUUUGACAUGGUUAGUGCUAUCUGGGAGGCUUGGGCUGUCCCUACCCUAAACCCUAGCCCCUUAUUUUAAACCGUGUGUUAUGUUAACCAUAAACCAUGUUCAAUUUCAUCUUCAAUGGUGUAAGGAUGGCCCAAGGAUCCCAGACAGCGUGCACCGUUUUGGCAUGAUGCCUGUUUCAGGACACCAACCUCCGCUGGUCAAUAACAUCCAUGCGGCCUAGUGACAUCAUCAGCACUGUCAUCACCAACUGGACAUAGCCUGUCACAUCCACUGUAUAAGCAUGGGGUACACUUGGACACACUAUUUUCAGCCACUACGAUACAGCUACGACCAGAAGGUGAUUUUCGUAGCAGGUUUGGAGAGCAUUUUCGCUAUUUCUUUUCCUAAUCUUCAUCAAAUUAUUUUAAGCUUAAGCUACGUUAAUUAUCUUAACAUUCUGUGUAAGAUCUAACACGCUACGAAAAAAAUCACUUCCGGUCGUAGUUGUCUCGAAGCGGCGUGAAAAUAGUGUCGUUUUUUUUUCAUAUAGGCGUAGACUGCCGAAUGACCAGUAAGCGUAGUUGUUGGGCAUCAAAUCACUUAUUAUUUUGGUCCACAAGUGUAGACUUUUAAAAACUAUAUUAUUCAAUAUUUUAUUUGGGUUAACAUAUAUAGUUGUUAUGUUCCACUAUGGAAUUGUCCAAAUUGUUUAUUUUUACUGGACCAUAAAAUGUAGGCCUAUCCCAUACCAGAUAGAGGAAAUACCUAUGGAUUAUAUAAAUACUAUUAUGCCAAAGGUAAACUAAACUAUGCUUGAAGAUGUUGUUCAAUGUAGGCUAUAUGUUUUUAUAGCCGACAAAAACAUGUAUUAGGUUGUGCUCAUGUUAAGCCUGUUAAUAACAUUGAAUAUGAAUAAUAUAAUUGAUUAAAUGUUCAAACAAA